ACUCUUCCUCUCUUGCUCCUGCAGUGAUGGAUGGGCAGACCGUUACGAGGUGGUGGAGGGUUUUGAGCAGGAAGCAGAGGGAGGAAUCACCAUGAAGCUGCAGUCAGAGGUGGUGAAGACCUUCGACGAUUACUACCUGAAGCUGCGUCUGGACAGCAACACCAGGAACCCCUGGUUCUCUGAGUUCUGGCAGUACCGCUUCCAGUGCCGCCUCGCGGGCCACCCACAGGAGAACAAGAACUACAAGAAAGUGUGCUCCGGAAAUGAGAGUCUACAUGAGAACUAUGUUCAGGAUAGUAAAAUGGGAUUUGUCAUCAAUGCCAUCUAUGCCAUGGCUCAUGGCCUCCAUGAUAUGCACUUGGAGUUGUGCCCAGGGCAGCCAGGGCUGUGUGAGGCGAUGGACCCUAUCGACGGCAGCAAGCUGCUGGACUACCUGCUGAAGACAUCCUUCAAAGGAGUCUCAGGGGAGGACAUUUAUUUCGAUCAAAAUGGAGACACCCCAGGAAGGUAUGACAUCAUGAAUCUACAGGGUGUGGGUGAGGAACACUAUGACUACCUAAAGGUGGGCUCCUGGCACGAGGGCAUCAUAACCAUCGAUGACGACAAGCUGUGGAUGAACAGCAGUGACAUCGUGCGCUCAGUCUGCAGCGAGCCCUGCUCCAAAGGACAGAUCAAGGUGAUCAGGAAGGGAGAGGUGAGCUGCUGUUGGAUCUGCACCACAUGCAAGGACAACGAGUACGUCCAGGAUGAGUUCACCUGCAAGGCGUGUGAGCUGGGGUGGUGGCCCGACGAUUACCUGGAAGGCUGUCAGCCGCUGCCUCUGAAGUAUCUGGACUGGUCGGAUGUGGAAUCUAUCGUGGCCGUGGCUUUCUCCUGUGUGGGAAUCCUAAUCACCUCCUUUGUCACUUUCGUGUUCAUCCAGUACCGUGACACGCCUGUGGUUAAGUCCUCGAGCAGAGAACUGUGUUAUAUCAUCUUGGCAGGCAUCUUCAUGGGCUACAUCUGUCCUUUCACCCUAAUCGCCCAUCCUACUCUGGUCUCCUGCUACCUGCAGCGGCUCCUGGUUGGCCUCUCAUCUGCCAUGUGCUACUCUGCCCUGGUGACCAAAACGAACCGCAUCGCCCGCAUCCUGGCAGGCAGCAAGAAGAAGAUCUGCACCAAGAAGCCCCGCUUCAUGGGCGCCUGGGCCCAGGUGGUCAUCGCCUUUAUGCUGGUCAGCGUGCAGCUAACUCUGGAGAUCACACUCAUCGUUCUGGAGCCUCCUCUGCCCGUCAAGUCCUACCCCAGCAUUCGUGAGGUCUACCUCAUCUGUAAUACUAGCACUGUAGGCAUGGUGGCGCCACUGGGCUACAACGGGCUGCUGAUCAUGAGCUGCACCUACUAUGCCUUCAAGACGCGGAACGUCCCGGCCAAUUUUAAUGAGGCGAAAUAUAUUGCCUUCACAAUGUACACUACCUGCAUCAUCUGGUUGGCCUUUGUGCCAAUCUAUUUUGGCUCAAACUACAAGAUCAUAACCACAUCCUUCUCUGUCAGCCUCAGUGUCACAGUGGCUCUGGGGUGCAUGUUCACGCCUAAGAUGUACAUUAUGCUUGCCAAACCAGAGAGGAACGUCCGAAGCGCCUUCACAACAUCUGAUGUGGUGCGAAUGCACGUUGGAGAUGGGAAGUCAGCUCAAUGUGGGACCAACAGCUUCCUCAAUAUCUUCCGCCGGAAAAAGGCUGUCUCUGGCAAUGCCAAUUCUAAUGGCAAGUCUGUGUCAUGGUCUGAAUCAGGUCCAAGACACCCUCCAAGGGGGGGGAAUGUGUGGCACAGACUGUCUGUGCAUGUGAGGAAACAGGAAGCAGGCUUGAAUCAGACGGCGGUCAUCAGGCCCCUAACUAACACGCCCGACCCCCACAGUUGUGAGCCCUCCACCUGCAACCGUGGCACAGAACCCCGACCCCAUCAAGAACCGCGCGGCGCUAAGCCUCUGUACAACCUGGAGGAGGAAGACGACGAGGAUUCGCAGCGUCCCCUCUGGACUCCCUCUUGCUCUGGUCAGAUGCAAGGGCUGGAGUCUAAUUUAGAUAAGCCUGCAUCUUUUCUGCCCUCUCAUUUAAAGGGCUGCACUACGGAGCGCUUGCAGGGGGCUGUGGUGGACACACACAGCUCCUAUGCCCCUGCACUGAAUGACAACACCGCCAAGGAGGCACACCCUGCCAACGAGCCUUUGAGCUUGACCCCCUUUCAGCCUCCUUUAGUCCCACGAGUGGGAGUGUUUGACGAGGAGGGGUCCGAGGACGAGUCACUGGACCUCUUACACAGCUACAUUUAUGAUGCCAAGGAGGAGGGGGAGGAAAGGGAUAGCGUGGAUUUAACUCAGAACAAGCCAUCUCUGGAGGAUUCCUUUGCUCUGUCCCCCCCCUCCCCCUUCAGAGACUCUGUGUGUUCGGGGGAGUAUGUCAGCGACUCCCCCAUCAUGGAGUCGAUGUUCGGGAGCCCUCCGAGCUCAGUCUACACCUCAAACAUGCUCCAUGACUACGCACACAGCUCUUCAACACUGUGAGAGCGAAACAGGCGCCGACACAGUUGUGCAUCACACAGACAUUGCAAUUGUCACAUACUGGUUGAAGCACACAAACAGAAACAUACUGUACAACCUAAUUGUAUUAUAAUUUCAAGUUUUUAAGCCUUUUUCGCUGCCAUUUGCUUGCUUGUAUUUAUUACUCUGCUUUUAAAAGUAAGGGGUUGAUCAAGUGAUAAGUAGAAAAACAACAGGAACCAUCCGUGAGUGCUUACAUUUCUGAAGGGCUGCCGCUGCACAAAGCCUUUCUGGAAAAUGUUAAACUGGGGAGAGUGCCAAAAGUAGACAGCUCUCAUGCCAAAUUGUGAUGAAUUAAGAGACACUUAUAUACAUAAUAAAGAAUGUAGUUGUGCUUCUCAUAAUGGCAGUGCAGUUAAAUGGUCUAUGAGGAACAAAUGGAAAGAGAAACAUUCUGUGUGCAUAUAUGUACACUGUUACAACCAGAGACCAAUUUAGCUCUAAGCACUGCAGUAGCUCAAGUGCAUUUCAUGCCGGUUUUGAUUAGCUCUGCUCCUCUCUGCUGCACAUGUACAGGUCUAUUUAUGUGUGUAGCAGUAGCAGCUGCAUUGAAAAACUUCUCGCCUUUUUUUUUCAUUAAUUGAUUUCACCUCAGCUUUCUCUCACCUAAACUCAUCGCAAUUUAAAUAUUACUGAGAUUAAUUAACAAGAAACGUGCAGUAAUUUGGUUGAAUAUUACUUUUAUGUGUUGCGAGUUGUGCACAAAUAUUAUCACUGAAUUGAGAUUCUGCUGAACACUUGCGCUGUAUGAUAUGUGGUAUGGGUAUAAUGUUCCAAUCAGAGUUGUUAUCAACCUACAUUCCUGCUUUCAGUUUUUACGAUGUAGCUGAUACAGGUUCGUGCAAUUGUAGAUGAUGGCGAUGUUGUGUAUUCAGUUUACACUCAAUCAUAACCCUGAGAACCAGUUUUACGAGCAUGGGACGUGAUAAAAGAACAACUUUUGCUUUCAAUACCGUGUGGAUAUUUCUCAUGUUUUCUGAGUUGGCUGUGUCAUUGUAAUGAAAAACACAGUACUUGUACAAGUUCUCAAAGUUUGUAAUACUGUUAAGCCAUCUCUUGUUUUUCACACAGGUGGUAUGUUUGUAAUACUGAUAAAUGUUUCUAUAUUUAGAAUAUCAACAGGAAAAAAAAGAGUUUAUACAUUUUGAAACUGUCCUCAGAUACUUGUCACAGAGCAGUGUGUUUGGUUUUUGGGUAACUUUUAAGCUAACUUGAGUCGACUGUAUCCUCUUGAUAAUAUUCAGUUGUUAAAGUAACCAAUGAUUAGUUGCUUCUUGUAAUGAGAUUAUACAUGCUUCAAUUUUGCUUAAAUCUUGCAUUAUAAACUGUAGUGGUUUACUUGAGGUUAAGUUUCUUAGUUCUUUAUCUACAGUAUAAGAAUACAAAUUAUUUCAAAGUUCAAGACUAUACAGUGCAUAGUGCAAUUGUAUUGUAUUUCCAAAUGUUUUUAGUCUAUUAUAGUGUAAGUUGUUAUAUGAUUUUAAAUGAUUUUUCAAUGUAAAAUAUACGAGGGUGCCACCUGUUUAACACUGUCAAAUCUAGAGUGAAAUAGGCCUUUAUGUUUUGGGCAAGCUGAACAAUGCUGUAAAAUAAAAACUAUUUAUAUUAAGAA